AUGUCUCUUCCUCGUACGGUCUUCCUCUCAACUUUUGGCCUUUGCUGUCCCCCUUCGUAUGCCACUGCUAACGCCAUCUGCGCAGUAAGCUCGGAAGAGGAAAAUAACUACACCUCCAUCAUCGAUGGCAUUCUUGCGACUGCAGACCUGACCACCAUCACCCGCAAGAAGAUCCGUCUGGGGUUGGAGAAAGCUCUCGGUGGCAAGGACUUGAGCGACCAAAAACACGCAAUCAAGGCACUCAUAGAAGAGCGUUUCGACGCCAUCUCUGGAUCGGGGGACGCUGCCCCCCUUGCCGAUUCCUACUCCGCGAGCCCCGCCCCCAAGAGAGAAGCGAACGGUCACGAUGAAGAUGAUGGGCAUGGCGAGAUCCAAGUGUCCGUCGCGCCUGCCAGGAAAAGGCAGAAGCGCGAGGACUCGUCCGAGGACGCGGAUGCCAAGCUCGCUGCUGAGCUCCAGGCGCAGGAGAACAGAAUGGCCAGAGGGCGGACAACGCGCGGCGGCAAUGGCGCGACAAGCAAAGUGACCAAGAAGAAGAAGGCGCCACGGAAGAAGAGCGACAAGAAGGUUGACGACAGCGACGUUGACGACAGUGGGGAGCCGCCGAAGCGCAAGGCCGGCGGUGGUUUCCAGAAACCGUUCAACUUGAGCGAGCCGCUGGCGGAGCUGCUCGGCGAGUCUCAGCUAUCCCGUCCUCAGGUCGUCAAGAAGCUCUGGGAGCACAUCAAGGGGAAUGACCUCCAGGACCCUGAUAACAAACGACACUUUAGCUGA